UGAAAAGCGGGAGGAGAGAGAGAGACGCUCCAAUGAGAAAAGUUUACUUGUUCUCUGAACAGUUCCCCCUCCGUCCCCCCACCAACACAGCUGAGGGCAUUGAUGUGAACGCAAGUCGCUUUCAGUUUUUUACGCGCACUUCUUUCCCCCCUCAUCUCUCACCCUCACACACGGAGCACCUAAUCCACCUUCGCACCUUUAGUUUUUUUUGUCUUUUUUUUUUUUUUUUAAAGAGCGCGGUCUGUGUUUUCUUUUGCUUUUCUCCAGCAUUUCUUUUUUUUAAAAAAAAAAAAAAUCCCUUCUCUUUAAUGAAUGAUUCCGUGUGCUCCCGAACCGAACUCGGAUAGCUCGUCCGCGCGACCUCACCUCGGCACAUCAUCUCCGCUGAAGUUCAGACGCCACCGGGACUUUUCACCGCAGCUUCAGACGCACUUCUUACAGGGGGGGAAACAUCACUCGACCUGAUCUUUCUGCCCAGCCACAGCCGAAGCGACCUUCAACAUGAGUCUGAAAGCUGACUCUGAGCCGAAUAACAACGUUUCCAUCGAGGAGGAGGUACGAACUCUGUUUGUCAGCGGCCUACCAGUUGACAUUAAACCACGGGAACUUUACCUUCUUUUCAGACCUUUUAAGGGUUAUGAAGGGUCACUGAUUAAGUUAACAUCAAAACAGCCUGUCGGGUUUGUAACUUUCGACAGUCGCUCCGGAGCCGAAGCUGCAAAAAACGCUCUGAAUGGUAUCCGUUUUGAUCCCGAAAGUCCCCAGACCCUGCGCUUAGAGUUUGCUAAAGCCAACACGAAGAUGGCAAAGAGUAAGCUGAUGGCCACACCGAACCCCACAAAUAUCCACCCCGCUCUAGGAGCACACUUCAUUGCACGGGACCCAUAUGAUCUGACAGGGGCAGCACUGAUCCCAGCAUCACCGGAUGCCUGGACUCCAUACCCGCUCUACACCACGGAGCUGACUCCAGGCCUCCCACACGCAGCCUUUACCUACCCGGCAGCUGCUGCCGCCGCUGCAGCGCUCCACGCCCAGGUGAGGGAGCAACCGGCCUCCGGGAACCACACCUUUCUCCACCUGAAUUGUCUCUGGGGGGAGUUGGAGUUAAAACAAUCUUGCUGUCGACAAUCUGAACUUAUCCUUGGCAACUACUGCGGUACCGUUAGCACUUCAGAAUAACGUAGAACUCAUGCAAACCCAGUCAGACUCCAUGGAUCCUACCUGCUGAGGAAAACUGAAGUUACUGUUAAGCUAGUCCUUCCAUGGGUUGCUGCUGCUCCUGGGAGGUUUAGAGGCGUUAAAUCAUUGCAUGUUAGUCUUUUUGGCAUGAACUUAAAGUGCAGAUUCCUGUGUAUCCUAAUUUUCUUAGUGUUUGUGUUGCCAUUUGGCCUAGACAGCAAAACGUUUUGCUUUUCUUCCUGUAGAUCCUUGGUCUCUUACCUCUGUGUAAGCUAGGCUGUUGUGUAAAUGGCUUAUCUCGCAUGGACCCUGUGAAUGCAUCCCUUCGUUUGAACAAUCCUUGGCUUCUUUAUCAAUGUGUGUCAUUAUUUGAGCAAAGGAAAGUGCAAAUUUUUUUUGUGCUUUUUUGCGUAAUGUAUAUUUAUGCAUUUUUUGUGCAACUAAAUAAUGAACCUAUAUAAGUUGGAUGUUUAGUCGUCUCCUGUGUUUGGUGUUAAUUUUUGAUCCUAUAUCCUGUUGAAGUAGUUAAAAAGUGCAAUUUGUUUAAAGGGGACGUUGGAAUUGGCUUGUGCUAUUCUGCUAAAAUGAGAUUGUUUUACGGCAAUCUUUCAGAAUGUGAAACUGGACUAAAAAUGUAAAGGGUUGCUUUUUUUGGAAGGGGGCAGGUUUUGGGGGGAGGGGGCAUUUUGAAAUGUUUAACAGGAUUAGACUGAAGGAAUUUAGUUUGUGGUUUAGACAAUGUUUGUCCUUGUAUCUGCUGUGCAUAAGAUGUAAAAAAAAAAAUGUAAAAAAAACUCCCAUCUUAUGAAUAAAAGAAGUGAAUGCAUU